AUGAAUUGCAUUAUGGGAAAAUAACAAAUGGCUGCCGAGGGCACCUAGCAUGGGAUCAGAAAUAUGAUGGAGGUCAACAAACCCUCUAUGGGUCCUUGCGAUGUGUCGCAAUCCUCCCAAAUUAUAUUCGUACAUUGAUUUCUAAGGUUUAGGCGAAUGUGUAUUGCCUUAACAGCAUGGGUAUCAAAAGAAAGGAUUUCCAAAAAGCAGCUGCAUUUAUUAAUGAGUUUCUGUUGAAACUCAAUGAAGAUGCUGAAGGCUCAGAGCUCAGAGACACCUUGAACUUAGCCCUUCUUCAUAUGCAGAAAUAUUAUCGCAAGCUGCAAACCAGAUCCCAUGAAAAAAAUGCAGAAAAGACACUAUCACUUACUGCAAGGGGGUUUAGUCCAAUGACUCCAUUCGUUGAUGCUCCAGACAAAUUUCAGUGGAAAUGGGUGAAUUUGGACAACCUAAAAAAUUUACAAGGAAUAAUGACAGAUGAAAGUAUGAAUAUUACAUCAUUACCUCCUAUAAUGCAAGCAGUGAAACAAAAGGAUUCUGAUUUACUUAUGGAGCUUGUUCAAGGCGAUCCCAAUUGCAUUGAUGAACAAGAUGGAAUAGGACGAACAGCAUUGUCGUAUGCAGUACACUUCCAUCAGAAUGAAAUGCUGAACUAUCUUUUAGAAAAUGAAGCAGAUGUUAACAUCACUUCACAUGAUGGAUCUACAGCACUCCACCAAGCCUGUCAUGAUGCAAACCAUGUGGCACUAAGUCUCUUACUUCAGUAUGGAGGGGAUUUCACAAUCCAGGAUACUCAGGGGCGAGCACCCAUACACUGGGCAGUAAUAACCAAGUCCACAGAGUGUCUAAAGUACUUGAUUCAGCACAAUGCCGAUGUAAACAUUCGAGACAAAGAUGGCCUUACACCAUGUAUGUGGGCUUGUCGGCUGGAUCACAUCAAACAUUUUGAACUGUUAAGCAGCUCCCCAAAUUUCACAGUGGAUGAAGCUGAUGGCAUUGAAAGAGACCAUAACGGGAGGACUUGGAUGCACUGGUCAAUCCGGAGGACAGAACCAUUGGAGUGUUUACAGACAUUAUUAACCUCAGAAACGGCCAAGAUAAAAGAUGAAAAUGGUAAAACAGUUCUAUUACUGGCUGCAGAAACAGGCUCCUUACUGGCAUGUAAGAUCAUUCUAGAGAUAGCUGGACGCCAUAGAGUGAUCGACCACGACAACAAUGAUCGCUCAGCCUUACAUUUGGCGUCGAUAAAUGGACAUGGAGAUGUCAUUAAUCAUCUACUGGAUUAUGGAGCUGACCUGAACUUGCUGGACAAGUUUAAUGCCACGGCUUGGGACUAUGCCAGAAAUAAACAACUUCAUUACUGCCAGCUGAUUAUCAUGUCACACCAGCGACAGCGUCUGCAGAGUAACCCAAGCACACCCAUACCCAAUCGAAUGGGGCUCUCCGUGACCAGCUUUAACGGGCUGGGUAAUGGUGAUCUGGACUACGAAUACAUGAUGAAUUCCAGACAGAGCACUGAUUACAACACCCCCAUCACUCCUCCCCACCCUCCAAAGAGACCCAGGACCAUGUCUACCCCCAGAACUCCCCUCAGACGGUCGCAGAGUUUGGGUUUGUCAGAAACAAAUCAGUCUGGUAGUUUUGUGGAGGAUAACCGUACAUCAGCUAGUGCAGGGGGAGAAUAUAACAACAAACGAAAGGAGAGAAUACAGGUUCAGCUUAAUCAUAAUAGAAGAGGACUGAUGAAUGGAGAGGGCCACCCUGAUAAUUAUACCCAACGAGAAGAUUUCCCAAUGAUGUCAGAUGAUGAACCGGAACAAGAUGAGGAAGAUGUGGAUGGAGUAAGUGUGGGAGGAAUGGAUGUGUCUGACAUUGAGGAUGAGGAACAUGACGGUAUGUCUAUGGCCUCUCGUCAAACUGGAGGUCAUGCUAGUCAGAGGAGCAUCAACAGCCAGGGAUCCCUACAGCCACGCCCACCUCCCAGAUACCCCCACCAACCCAGUCCCCCAAAACAACAAUUCUCUCAGUCACAGGAGGCACCUUUUAGUAAAACAAAAGAGGAUAAUCAAGAUGGAUUCCCAAUGCAAAAAGUAAUGCAACCAAAACCCCCUCCAAAAUUCAAUCAGCGGGUAAUUUCUCCGCACUUUAACCAGCCCGUAAACCUACAGGAGACCUUCCCUCCAGCGCGCCCCAGACCAGCUCCCCGUCAGGCUCAGAUCUACCGACAACAACCCCCGAGGCCCCCUCCGCCCAGGAGAACUCCCUCACCAGUGAGGCCUAACUCUGGUAAUAAAGACCAGGAGAGGGGAAGAUUUAGUCCUGAGAGUCCGGAGCAAAACUUUUCAAAGAAGCCCUCGCCUCCUAGUGAACAGAAUCGACCAGACUCGGGUAGCAAACCUCCAGGUGUCGUUGAAGGCAGAAAAAUUCCACCUCCAAUGCUGACACCUUUAGAAAAUGCUCCUUUGCCUCCAUCCUUUAACUUGUUUGAGAAAAAGGAACGGAAAAAGAAAAAGAAGAGACGUGAAAGGGAGAAAGAGAAAGAGAAGGAGAAAGAAAGGGAAAAUGACAUUAAAUCUCCACCGAUGGACAUAGAACCACCACGGGGAUAUGCUGCACCACUGCAUCCACCCCCGUCAGCCAGUAUACGUUCCCAGAGGGCACAGUCAGGAAUCCCAGCACCAAGAUACUCAAAACAGCAACCUCAGAGGCACGAGUCACGGUAUGUUGAUGAGAGUAUGGAUGAGGAAUACAGAGAAGAUGCCAAGGGACCUGUAGUCAAUGGUCAUGCUGUGCCUGUCAGGGACACGCCCCAUAAGUCCUCCCCCGCAGUACCUCGUCUCCAGGGCAUGGACAGUGAAGACUACCUCGAGGAAAAUGGGGACACCAUACUACAGGAUGUUAUUGAGGAAGAUGACACAGCAGGGCCCCUUAUUCCUCCACCCCAGGGAUUCAGAAGUUCGGGCCACGCACAAGGAAGGGCAUUAUCCCAGUCAGUCCCACAGGAAGAAAAUCCAGCAGAGACGGCAGAACAGCCCGAAUGACCCCCACAAGUGCUAAACCUCCAAUCCCCUCGGGAAGAAACAGUGCCCGCAGUAGUACGUACGGGAAAAGCCCUUCCCCUCACACCCGUCGUUCUCGCCCACCUACAGGUCGAUCGUGACCAAUGUGCCUCACACAUCAACUGUGAUUUGCUAAUAUUUCCAUACUACCAGCUAGAUUAGACAGAAAUCUUCUAUGUAAUAUGCAGCUUCCGAACUGUGAUAAAUAUAGUCUUAUUUAUUUUUAGUCUGUCUGGAAACUAGAGCUCAAUUAUUUAUUAAGGAAUGUGUGUCAGUAUGUUAUGAAGAUAUGUGAAAAGUAGACCAAAUGUUAUUUUAUAUUUGUUUACUUCUGAUGCUAUUCAGAACUCAUAAAUGUAAUAAUCAAAUGUUAUUUUAUAUUUGUUUACUUCUGAUGCUAUUCAGAACUCAUAAAUGUAAUUAUCAAAUUAGGUUUGAAAAUAAAACAGUUUCUGUUAGAAUUCCAAAUUUAUGCAUUGAACAACAGGUAGGUAUGUCAGAUUUAAAAGAAAAAACAAAACAAAAAAUCUAGUAUUUAGUAUACAUUUUACAAGCUCUCUCAGUAGAACAAAUCUUUUCUUAUCUACACACUAGACAAAACAUGCUUGAUAAGUUUCAGUGUUAAAUUGAUUUUAUUGAUUCAUAUUGGAAGGGUUAUACCGUAUAGACAGGUUACAUUUAGAGGCAUGAAUAUUGUAUCUCAUAUAAAUAAUGUAUGUAUUAUACAUGUUAUAUGUAUUCAUUUCCUUUUAUUUUGAAUGUGUUAUAUGAAUUUCAAUUUGUAUAUUGUAUUUUUCUCACAAUACCCCAAAUAUUCCGUCCACAAACAUAUUUAUAAUUUUAUUUUUAUUUUUGUUUUUAUUUAAAAUAUAUAUUUAUUCUAGUGAAACAUAAACAAUAUUUUAAGUGGCUUUGUAAAAAAAAAAAAUCAUGCAAGAAACCGUCCAUUUAAUGACUAAUUGGUUUUGAGACUUUUUUUGUUUGUUUAUUUGUAUUUGAUUGCUGCACAUGUUAAUUAGUCACGCAUAUAGAAUACACCGAGUCUGCAACUCAUUUUCAUUAUAGAAAAAAACAGAAAUUAUUGUACUUUCUUGGCACAGUAAGAGAAGACUGCUUUCUCAGAUUUUGACAAUUCAAAGUAUGCAGUUAAUUAUGCUUUUGGGUUAAAAAUUUGUGGAUCAUACAAAACCUUAUAAAAUUCAACCACUACUGAGUAGUGUUAGAAUGGACACACUGGUACGGCAUGUACUGUUAAACUGUUUCACAUACAGUGCUGUGGAUAUUCUUGCAUCAAUACAUUAAGUCAUUACAUGUAAAAAUGAAAUGCAUGUAAUUGUUAUUUAAUAUGCUGUGAUAUUAUCUAUUUAUAUAUUGAGGGAUUAGUCAUACAUUCCUGUGAGUUAUCAACAGAAUGUUACAAGUACAUCACUAUUAUAAUCUGUAGACUAUUGACUGGUUGAAUAUACUUGAAGAUAAUUUAUGCACAUUGGGCCUUCAAGCACCUGAUAAGUUGAUAGAAGAUAUAUGUAGAGUCUGUUUUCUUUGUUGCUGAAUUCAUUUGAAAAAUAGCAUUGAGCUUCAACAGAAAGAAGUGGAAAGUUUUAUGACAUCUAGGAAAAUCUUAUAAUUAUAUGCUGUUAAGUGAAAAAAAAAAUGUAAACACUGUUUAAAAUUGGAAGAUUGAACAAUAUGGAAACUUCCGGCAAUUGUUUAAACUUUGAACGAAUGUAAUUUGAAUUUAGAUGCCCCGUGUAGCAUGCACAAUCCUGACUGAAAUCAAUUUGGACCAACUGUUUAUUGAGCGAUUUUCUCCACAGUGUUUACAAAUAUAAUCUACAAUUUCUCAUUGGUUUUAUGCUGUGGGAUUUUUAAAGUCCGCUUGGAUACGUAAAUCAUGAAAGUAUAUUUAUUAAUAAAAAUUUUUGUUGGCAGUAAUUGUUUAAACAGCAUUAAGGAAAUAGACGUCUGAUUAUUUCCAUUGGUUCGUUUAUGAUGUAGAUUACAAUGACAUAGCUUUGUAUCCCUUGACUUUGUUUACAAAAACACCAUUCCCGUAUUGUAACAGUCCGUAUCUCUGAUAUUAACCUGCUAGGAAGAAACUAUUCUGUUACGUUUGUAUCUGCAUCCUCUACUAUCAAUUUGAUGUACUAGAUAAACAAAUAUUUCUUUAAUCGUAGAUCACACACUCUCUUUAGAGAAAUAAAAGAGAAUAAUUAUA